ACUACCAUUUUUUAAAGGAGAAAAUUGUAUUUCUGAUCAUGUUUUUUUAUCCUAAGAAGGACUUAAACGUUUCUUAAAUGGGAUGAUUUGCAGAAGUGAGAUUGAGGAGGUUAGUGGUCAGCUGAGAUGUGACUUGCUGUUAGUGGGAAAAGGGAUUGCAGGUGCUGAGGAGAACAUGGCUGAAGACCUAGCUGAGGAUGCAAACCAGCUUCUCAGCAGGGGUCCUCCCCCUGCUGCCCAUGGAUGAGUUUGAGAGGUGGCUCUGAAAUUGUUGGUGACGCUUACCUCUGUGUGUGCUUGAAUACUCGAGUAUGGGAGAGAUGGUUCAUGACACCAUCUUAUUCUCAAAGGGAUUUGUUUCUUACCUUCCCAUCCCACAUCAGUUUUGAAAGUUGGGCAGAAUAAUUUGUUCUGGUGUUAAUGAAAUGGUAUUUGCUGAUUUCUCUCCUGAGAGAUUGCCUUUUCCAGGAAGGCUUCACGUGGCUUUUUGACCAGCCAGACUUACCCUUUGCCCUUUUCUUUUCAUCCUAGGCCAACACUGGACAAAUUGAUGACACCCAAGAGCAGCACAGAGUUAUCAGCAGUAACCUCGCCCUCAUUCAGGUGCAGGCCACCGUUGUGGGGUUCCUGGCUGCUGUGGCCGCCCUGCUUCUGGGUGCUAUGUCUAGGGAGGAGUUGGACUUUGUGAAGGUGGAGUUGCUGUGUGCCAGCAGUGUCAUCACCGCCUUUUUCGCUGCAUUUGCCUUAGGAAUGCUGAUGGUCUGCAUAGUAAUUGGUGCUCGGAAGCUUGGGGUCAAUCCAGACAACAUUGCCACGCCCAUUGCUGCCAGCCUGGGAGACCUCAUCACGUUGUCCAUCCUGGCCUUUGUUAGCAGCUUCUUCUAUAAACACAAAGAUAAUCGAUACCUGUCGCUGCUGGUCUGUAUCAGCUUCACGGCCCUGAUCCCCUUGUGGGUCCUCAUUGUCAAGCAGAACCCGCCCAUCAUGAGGAUCCUGAAGUUCGGGUGGUUCCCAAUCAUUCUAGCGAUGGUCAUCAGCAGUUUUGGAGGGCUCAUCUUGAACAAAACCAUUUCUAAACAGCAAUUCCAAGGCAUGGCCAUAUUUACUCCCAUCAUAUGUGGUGUUGGUGGCAAUCUGGUGGCAAUUCAGACCAGCCGGAUCUCCACCUACCUGCACAUGUGGAGCACACCUGGUGUCCUACCCCUCUGGAUGAAACAAUACUGGCCUAACCCAUGCUCCACUUUCUGCACCUCAG